UCCGUAAACGUACCGCUGACCCAUUGAAAGACCGUUUGGACAGACAAAUAAUGAAUGUAAAUUUUUCCGACUUGAAUUACUAAUAACGCGAGUACAUUUUUGCUUAUUAUUAUAUUUUUUUUUGAAAGUUUGAAUGAAAGUCAGCUGCAGAAGCAGAAGUAGUAGGCGGAGCUCUUUCGUCAUCGAAACGUCACAGCUUGAGAGCGAACAACUCGUUUGAGUCGUUUCUCAAUUUUCUACAGUCAGUGGCGGUUGAAUUUCGAGGUUGUUGGAGAGAUUUGAAAAUACGACAUUAGGCCGUUUUAUAUGAUUUUAUAAAUUGUGUCUUAAACGCUCAACACCAUUCCCUGUAUUUUUUAUGGUUAAUGUUAAGUCAUUAUUUUGCCAAUUCUAUAAGUGACGUUCCUGAAUCAACAUUGUCUGAUUUACGUAGCCGAAGUUCGUUAUGUGUCCAGUCGUACUACUUGCGAUGAUCUCUAGCUUCUUACUGCUCUUCGUAGAAUUAGCAGCCACCAUUUCUGUAUCUUUCGUUCCAGGUUAUGUUAGCAAACUGAAAGUAGGCGAAAAGAAAAAUGUAAGCUUUUCAAUCACUGAUUUAAAGCCAGCAAAGCACGACUACUACGAGCUAUUAGUGGCCGAUCCUAGUAUCGCUACUAUUGUGACAAGUAAGAUUUUUAACGUGACUGAACUUGAAAGUCGCCAAACCAAUGGAGAAACUUUCAACGGAACUUUUACGUUGGAAGGCAGAUUUCUAGGAUAUACAGAUGUUCAAGUUAAGGCACUUCCUAAGUAUGAUAGCGAGGAUGAGAAAUCGAAUCCGUUACAAAUAAGCGUUGUUCGAAAGGAAAAUAAGUUGAAUACUGUGUUCAUAGCAUCUGUAGCAAUUCUUGUUUCACUAAGUUACAUUAAUAUGGGCUGUGCGUUGGACCUGAGAGUCAUAAAAGGAGUUUUAAAGAGACCUGUUGCUCCAGCAGUGGGAUUUAGCUGUCAGUAUUUAAUGAUGCCUUUGAUAGCUUAUGGAAUUGGCCAACUCCUGUUUGACACACCUAUACUUAAAUUAGGGUUAUUUGUGUUUGGGUGUAGCCCAGGAGGUGGAGCUAGUAACAUGUGGACUGUCCUGCUUAAAGGAAAUCUCAAUCUUAGUGUCACUAUGACCUUUAUAAGUACCCUUGCUGCCUUAGUUAUGAUGCCUCUGUGGAUUUUCACUCUCGGCAAGACUCUCUUCAGUGGAACCACCAAAAUUCCAUUUACAAAUAUUUUUAUAUCAUUGGUGAGUAUGGUGAUCCCUCUGGGGAUUGGACUUUUGAUCCAGAAGUACCUUCCUAAAGUGGCAACGUUUGGACGUCGUAUCCUUGCUCCGACCUGCUUAAUCUUGAUCAUUUACAUUGUAGCUUUCGGAACCUACGCCAAUCUCUACAUGUUUAAGCUUUUCACUUGGCAUACAGUAGUAGCAGCUCUCACUAAUGUCUGGUUUGGAUUCCUUUUCGGGGCCCUUGCCACUUGCUUCAGUGGUCGACCAGUUGAAGAUGUCAUCGCUAUUGCUGUUGAGACCGGGAUACAAAAUUCAGGAAUUGCCAUCGUCCUCCUGGGUUUUUCUUUACAGCAACCAGAUGCUGACCUGGCUUCUGUAAUGCCGGUUGCAGCUUCUAUCAUGAUGCCUAUCCCUUUGCUGAUGCUUUACGUUUUUCAGAAAAUAAGAGCCUGUUGUUCCAGACGGGAAACCAUAGACUCGGAAAGCUUAAUCUCAGAAAAUAAAUACAAGCAAAGUGUAGAAUCAGCUACCAAUGAAGGAUACGACUCAAUAGCACCCAUGAAUUAAUACAUGCAAAUAAAAUCAACAGGUGUGACAGGAUAAGUAUUUUUUGUUGAUUUCCGUUAUUUAAAAUAGUUUUCUCUUUUGAAAUAGAAAAAAUAUACAUACUCGA